AAAUUUUCUAAACAUGGAAUGGACAAAGCGAAAACAUGAACCAAAAUCAAGGGAUUUUGUUGAUAUAAUAUUUUCCUUCUUCUAGUCCUCUCACAUCCCUCUCCCACCUUUAUAAGGUUUUCCUUUCUUUCUCUCCAAAAUCCCGAACGACAAAAAUAAUAAAAACGAAAAAACCCGAAAAGAAUUCUCUACUCUCUUUCUCUCUCUCUGUUUCUCUCUCACAUCAGCUUUUUUUUUUCCAUUCCUGUGGGCAUUUCUGCUGGGAGUAGAAGUCGCCGCCGUGAUUAUUUCAUAAUCUGCAGAAUCCAAUCAUUGAAAAAUAGCUGGAUUUUUCGGCCCUUUAUUUCGCAACUUGUUACUGGAGGAAUAAAAGGAAAGGGGGAGGGCAAGAAGGCAGAGUGGUCGCGUAUUCCCAAGAGAGAAUCUUUGCUCUGCUGCUCAGAACAAAAAUGUCUUUCCUUCUUACAUUUUUCAUUCCCGAGGAAACUCUCAUUCAGGAAGAAGGUGAGUGGGAGAAAGAACGAUAGAUUUUUAUACAAGGAAUAAAGCUUUCUGGAGGAACAUAAAUAGAGCAGAAUUCCAGAAACAGAUCACUCCAACGUUGGUGAAAAAGAAACUACCCCUGUUAUUAUUGGUCAAUUGCCUCCAGUUUGUUUCGAUUUCAUCUCAUCUACGAUGUCUACUUCGGUGAUCAGUGAUGCUGCAAUCCUGAUGACGACGGUGAAUUCCACUCCGGCCGCCGCUGCGGCGGCGGAAACUGCGACAGAGGUGGAAGCUACCUGCGAGUGCUGCAGAUUACGGGAGGAAUGCACGUUGGCUUAUUUAGAAACGGUAAGGGAGCGGUUUCAGGGGAAGUGGCUUUGCGGGCUCUGUUCGGAGGCGGUGAAGGACGAGAUGGUCCGGAGCGAUAGGCUGAUCAGCACGGAGGAAGCCGUGAAUCGGCACUUUAGCUUCUGCAACAAAUUCCGGUCGUCGGGUCCGCCGCCGAACCCGACCCAACAUCUAGUUUCUGCUUUUAGGCAGAUAUUGAGGAAGAGCCUGGGUUCGCCGAAAUCGGUGAGGUCGAUGCCUAGUAGCCCGACGAGGAGUGGGCGGUUCCGUCUCGGCGGCGACGGAGGGGCGUUGAUCCGGUCGGAGAGUUGUCUUCCGAGCUUGAAUUUGGUUGACUCGGUGGUGGCCGGGUUUGAUGAUGACGUGGAAAUACAAGCAAAUUCCAGUGAUGAAAUAUGAAUUGAAAAUUUGGGGAAAUUAAGUGGACAUUGCCCGAGUAAAGACAAGAAAAUGGUGAUUCGGAGAGGAUAGGAAAUUGGAGGAAUUAUCAUAAAUUUGAUGAAUGGAGAAACAACCAUUUUCAUCAACCAUAAACAUAGGAUCUUUAAGGGCAGAACUUUAGCUACAUUAUGUUACCAGUAGAUUUUAAUAAUUUUCCUCAUAAAUUAGACAAGUCUAGUGUCAAUUUUGCCUGUUCGUUUCUUUUCCUUGUCUAAUUUAAUUCAUGAUUGAUGAACAAUCAAACUGAAGAGAACUGUGAAUAUAAUGAAAAUCUCUUCUGAUUUGAACUCUAAAGCUCAGAAUUCAAGGAUCGAUCGAGUCCCAAUUUUCAAAAAUUCGAUGCAAAAUUGUGAAUUGCUGUUGAGGUUAUGGGCCUUGUGCGACAUUAAACCCAAUGUGAUCUCUCCUUUCAGGGUUAAGGAACAAUCUUAUUAAAUGGCAAAUUAGUCGAGUGUCAUGUACUUAAUACACCGUGUGCAAUAUGAAAAAAAAAUGACAGAAGUUUUGAAGACGGAGUAUUAAAAACACAAGAAGUUUUGAAGACAAAAAUUUGGUGUUAGAAGCAUAAUAAUUGGUUUGGCAUUAUGAAUUUUUACUUGUAGCAAUGGUUUUAACAAAUGUAUAGGUGAUCCCAUAGAGUACUUCAUGGUGGUAGGGAUUUUGGGAUCCAAUGCCUUAAAACAUUACUACAAACUUUUCCAAUGGGUUGAUUUAUGUGUCUUUC